AUAAUUCAUCUAAGCGUCUACUUAUUAUGAAUUGGAGAAGUCUUAAUGUGUUCUUCGCGUCAAACUCAACCAAGAUGGUUUCGUGUUUCAUUAUCUCUAAUGAUAGGACUUCUGGCAUUUAGACUUUAUGCCAACAAAUCUCAGUGAUACAAGGGAAGGCGUGUGCCAUUUGAUCACGUGUAUCUAUAUAGCUUGUUUUCAAACAAAGAGAGGUCGUCAAACGAUAUCUUCUUAGAGUAAGCAAAUUUGAUGGAACCAAACUUACUUGAUAUAUCGAGAUUCCUUGAGUCACGUAAUGAUUUUUUGACUUUUGAAAGAUAGCUCGUCGAAGAAUGAUUCAACAGACAUGAAAUGUAUUUUGCACCGACAAUCAGAGAUUAGCAUAGUGAUCAAGUUGAAAGAUCUAUAACAGUUUUAUUCCAACAGGAUGGAUAAAGUACAACUUUUUAGUUUCUCAGUGAAUAUUGUAAUACUGAUUGCAGGACAUGCACGGGGUCAAGGGCCACAGAUUACCCUUCCUGGACCAUCAAAUACUGUCCUUCGAGGAACUUACGUAACUUUUAAUGAAUCGGAGUAUCUUAAUGUGGAUAUUACCAUCGAGGCUUUCCUGGGUAUACCGUAUGCUGAACCAUCUGUAGGAGACCUACGGUUCAGAAACCCAGUCAAGAAAGGAGAUCUUGGAAUGUUUUAUCUGGCAGACAGGGAUAGGUCGACUUGUGCUCAAGUGAAUGGAGGUGAAAAUGAAGAUUGUCUCUAUCUUGGAGUGCAUACAUCGUCACCUCGGCCUAGAAAUGCAUCUGUCAUGGUGUGGUUACAUGGAGGUGCGUUCACACUGGGAGGAGGUUCGUGGACAGCUUACGACCCUUAUCCUCUUAUUGCUAUCUCACCUGACCUCAUUGUCGUCAAUAUCAAUUACCGCCUUGGUGUGCUUGGCUUUCUUACAACAGGCGACGACGCCUCAGUCGGUAACUUUGGAAUGCAUGAUCAAGUGAUGGCUCUCCAGUGGGUGCAAGAAAACAUUGCAGCGUUUGGUGGUGAUCCUAGGAGGGUGACGAUCAUGGGAGAGAGCGCCGGCGCCGCCAGCGUAGGUCUUCAUCUUUUAUCCCCUCUUUCCCAGGGACUUUUCCGCCACGCCAUAAUGGAGAGUGGAAACGCCCUAUGUCCAUGGGCAGUUGAUACCAACAUCACAAGGCAGGUCGGUUUCACAAAAGAGAUUGCAGACAGGGUCAAUUGUUCUACUACCGACAACGAAGACCUGGUUGAAUGCUUGAGAAAUACCGAUGUUAUUGUCCUGUUGAGAACACAGGCACUUUUGGUUGGACAAAAUCUAUUCAAUGAACUCCUCUUCGUUCCAGUGGUUGACGGAUCAUUCCUCCCUGAUAUUCCUAUUGACAUGAUCAAACGAGAGGAAUUCCACAAAGUACCAACCCUACUAGGUACGAAUGAAGACGAAGGGACUCUUAUAGCACUCCGAGCUUAUCCCAUAUACUUGAGAAGGACGGAUCCACCUACUAUGACCAUCCAGGAAUUCAGAGAAUCUUUACCAAAUUACCUAUAUUAUUACACACCCAUGCUUGCGUCUGCUGUGGAGCAAUGGUACAUUGACUGGAGUUUGGCGGAUAACUCGUCAGCUGAUCAGCUUGAAGCUUUUGUUCGUUUGAACACCGAUCAGGUAUUUUCGUGUUCGACUGAAAUAAUGGCCCGUGCUUUGGAAGGAAGUCAAGCCAUUGUAUACCGGUACGAGAUGACCCAUGAUCCAUCUCGUUCAAUCUGGGGUGACAAACCCGGUUGGAUGAGGGCAGGACAUGGUGAAGAAGUUCAGUAUGUCUUCGGUUGGGGUAUCAAAAGCAGACGUAACCAGCCUCAGACACACGAAGAGAAACUUAUGUCAAUACAGGUUAUGCAAUAUUGGACGAAUUUUAUCCAGAAUGGUGACCCAAACGACCCCGCCCCAACAAACAAUCUUCCAUUCUGGCCAAGAUACACAAUUCCUGAUCAAGAAUACAAGAAAUUAUCACUGAGCAUGGAUAAUGGUCGAGCUAUGAGAAUGGACUCUUGUUCAUUCUGGAUGAACUACGCUCCUACCUUGUACAAUCAAGAUAGCCCCGAAGAUAUGUAUCAAGAGUGGAAACAAGAUUAUGAACAUUGGAGAGACGUUGAUAUGGUCGAAUGGAAUGAAGUAUUCAAUGAUUACGUCAAUGACUGCAAUGCUCCGUGAAUUCAAUUUCUAGAUGUAUAAUAUCUCAUGACAGGUUCGCUGUGGUUGUCUCAUCAUGUCAAAGUAGUUUAUCAUUUUAUCUUAUAUUUAUGUUAAUGAGAUCCUAGUUUUACUUUAGAUAGCACAGUUAUCUGUUAAUGACGUGCCAUAGAGUCUCGUUUAGCCCUGAUCAUAGAAUAUGAAGUCCAGGGGCGGAUCCAGGAUUUUCAAAAAAAAGGGGGGGGGGUCUUCAUUUGGGUAUGUCCGACAUUUUCUACUCAAAUGGAGGAAGGACCAAAAUGUACCCUACCUGGAUCCACCACUGACGCCAGUGGUGGAUGAAGAGAACAAUGGUAGGCGUAGCUUAAAUCAAGAUUUCCCAGAGC